AUGAGUUUCAAAGAUAAAGUUGUUGUAGUGACCGGUUCCAGUUCGGGCAUCGGCGCCUCCGCCGCUAUCGAGUUCGCUAAAGAGGGGGCUCACGUCGUCAUAGUGGGGAGGAACGAGACUAAGCUCGAGAAUGUACGUGAAAAAUGCGAGGAAUAUGGCAAAAACCCACUUGUCAUUAAAGCGGACGUGUCGAAAGACGCCGACUGCAAGAGAAUCGUCGACGAAACAAUAGAGAAGUUCGGAAGGAUAGACGUGUUGGUGAACAACGCUGGGUUUAGUGAAAUAGUCGACAUUACCAGUGAGAGCUUCAUGGAAAUCUAUGACCGCAUCGUCAACGUGAAUCUGCGUGCAGUGGUGUACAUAACCCAUAAAGCUAUACCACAUCUGAUCAAGUCGAAAGGGAAUAUCAUUAACAUAUCUAGUGUGGGUGGUACUAAUACCCUCGGAAUCCCUGAUUUCAUCCCAUACAAAGUGUCGAAGGCGGGCCUCAACCACUUCACCCGGUGCGCUGCGCUGAAACUGGCCAGCCACGGUGUCCGGGUUAACACCAUCAGUCCGGGUCCGGUCCGGACAGACUUUAUUAAUCGCCCCACCUUGAAGUCGUUUACGAAGGAGAAAUUGGCCGAAAUGACCGCCUUGAAACGUAUAAGUGACCCUGAGGAAAUCGCAGACCUGAUAUUAUUCUUGGCAAGUGAAAAAGCAAGAGGCAUCACGGGUUCGAAUUACGUAUCUGACAAUGGUAUUUUGAUCUUAAAC